AUGAGCCGCGACGCCACCAUCCACAGCUGGCCCGGCUCCUACUAUCUGACCUGGGGCAAGAGGUGGGAGAACGGCACGCUGUCCCUCAGCAGAACCUCGGUGCGUUUCGUUUCGAACACAACCGGGGAGACCCUCGCCAGUUUCCGCCUCUCCCGCAUCAGUGAGCUCAAAAUGGAAUCGUCGAGCUUCAUCUUCAGUACCCUGACUGUGCUGGAGGAGGGCAACGUAAAGCACUGGUUCGGCUCCCUCAAACCCAACCGAGUGGUGGUCUACAACGUAAUGGAGCAUUUCUGGAGAGAGCGCCUGCUGUCCCCCACCAGCUCGGAAGCCGGGGGUGCGGUCCCUGGGAGUGAGCCCUCCAAGGGCCGGGAGCUCAUCAACCUCGUUGCAGGAGCCCAGAGACGACUGGAGGACACCGGGAGGGUCCUCAGCCAUCAAGGAGAGCAAUUUGACAGCAUGAUGCAAGGCCUGGAGAAAAUGGACUCGGACCUGGGAGUGGCUGAUAAACUUUUGUCUGAGCUGGAGUCUCCUUCCUGGUGGCCUUUCAGUAAACUCCCAUGGAAGAUUCAGCAGGAAGCCAAGGCGGCAGAUGCAGCUCGGGCGGCCGCCGCAUCCAAAGCAUCUGCUCGGAGCAAAGUGAUUGCCAGCAUCCCGGCCGUGGUGUCAAAAGACGGCGACUGUGAGCUGAAACCCGGCUGCUUACUGGUGCUGCCGUCUUCUCUGGAGGUGCGCGACGCCGCUUGCCACCUGCUGCACCGCUUUGAGCGUGGCGAGGUGGACGAAAUCCGCGUGCACAGCCCAUACGAGAUCACAGUGGGGCAGCGCUUCAUCGGCAGGCCCGACAUCCGCUGUCGGCUUUUGUCGGCCAAGAUGCCGGAGGCGCUGGCUGUGCUGGAGAUCCAAUACAAGAAAAAGGUGGAGUUUUCCGCAGAGUACGCCGCCUUUAGGACCACACCCACUUCAUCACCGUGUGACACGGAGGCCAUACACGACAGUAAGUUAUGUAAAACUGAUACACAAGAGACAGAGGUUCCCAUGGAGGUCCCAGCGGGGGAGCUGUCCCAGCUGCAGGUGCACGUCGUCCAGCCCACUAUGACCCAGGCCGAAGCGCAGGAGCUCAAGCAGAUGCUGCUCCAACUGAAGAGCCUGGCCCUUGAGGCCGAGACAGAGUUGGAACGUCAGGACGAGGCGCUCAAUGUCCUGACUAAGUCAGCCGAUCAAGCCUCCAUGACCAUUGGGAAACAAACCUGCCGCAUGAAGAGACUGCUGUAG